GAAGCGGAGGACCGGUAGGCCUAGUUUCCAGGCCGCGGUCGCGGUGGCGAGGUAUGGAGCCUCUGCGUGUCUUGGAGCUGUAUAGUGGCAUUGGUGGCAUGCACCACGCGCUGCGAGAAAGCUGCAUCCCUGCACACGUGGUGGCUGCUGUUGAUGUGAAUACCGUUGCUAAUGAAGUCUACAGGCAUAAUUUUCCUCACACACAGUUACUGGCAAAGACUAUCGAAGGUAUUUCACUGGAAGAGUUUGACAAGCUAUCUUUCAAUAUGAUUUUAAUGAGCCCUCCAUGUCAGCCAUUCACAAGAAUUGGCCUACAGGGGGAUAUGACUGAUCCAAGGACAAAUAGCUUCUUGUACAUUCUAGAUAUUCUCCCAAGAUUGCAAAAAUUACCCAAGUAUAUUCUUCUAGAAAAUGUUAAAGGUUUUGAAGUAUCAUCUACAAGAGAGCUGCUGAUACAAACGAUGGAAGCCUGUGGUUUUCAGCAUCAAGAGUUUCUGUUAUCUCCUUCCUCUCUUGGUAUUCCAAACUCGAGGCUACGAUAUUUUCUCAUUGCAAAGCUUCAGUCAGAUCCUUUACCUUUUCAGGUUCCUGGUCAGAUACUGAUGGAGUUUCCUAAAAGUGCGACCAUACAGCCACAAAACUAUUCAGUAGUUGCAGAAAAUAAGCUACGAGCGGAGAGUCCUGAACCAAGCACCUGCUUUGAUAGCAGCAGCACACAGUGUUCAGGAAAAGAUACCAUUCUUUUUAAGCUUGAAACUGCAGAAGAAAUUGACAGGAAGCACCAGCAGGACAGUGACCUCUCUGUGCAGAUGCUGAAAGAGUUUCUUGAAGAUGUUGACCCAAGCCAGUACUUUUUACCACCAAAGUUAUUGCUGCGAUACGCUCUUCUAUUAGAUAUCGUUAAGCCCACUUCUAGAAGGUCCAUGUGCUUUACCAAAGGGUAUGGAAGCUACAUUGAAGGGACAGGCUCAGUGUUACAGACUGCAGAGGAUGUUCAGAUUGAGAAUGUCUUCAAAUCUCUUAAUAUUUUGCCCCCAGAAGAAAAGAUAGCUAAGUUGUCAACGCUCAAACUGCGAUAUUUCACACCUAGAGAAAUUGCGAAUCUGCAGGGAUUUCCUCCAGAAUUUGAGUUUCCUGAGAAGAUAACGGUGAAGCAGCGGUACCGGCUUCUUGGCAACAGUCUCAAUGUGCAUGUGGUGGCCAAACUCCUCACGGUCCUGUGUGAAUCAUUUGGAAGUACCUCCAAUUCUAGACAGUGAACCUAAAUUCUAUUUUGAGCAAAUUUGUAUAAAAUUUAAAUUAGGCCGGGCGGUGGUGGCGCACGCCUUUAAUCCCAGCACUCGGGAGGCAGAGGCAGGCGGAUCUCUGUGAGUUCGAGACCAGCCUGGUCUACAAGAGCUAGU